UCAGGGGUGUGACCGGACGCGCCGCCCGUGCCCCGCCCCCCCCAGCGCCAUGGCGGAGGCGGCGCAGGCGCGCGUGCAGGCGGCGGUGGAGAGCGCGGUGCGCGAGCUCGAGCGGGAGCGCGUGCGCGGCCUGCAGGGCACCAUGUUCCGGUGCAGCGCGCGGUGCUGUGAGGACAGCACAGCCUCCAUGCAGGAGGUCCAGCGCUGCAUCGAGCGCUGCCACGCGCCCCUCGCCCAGGCACAGGCCAUCGUCACCGCAGAGCUCGAGAGCUUCCAGGACCGCCUGAGCCGCUGCACACUGCACUGCAAUGACAAGGCCAAGGAUGCUCUGGACGCAGGCACAGCCGAGCCCAAGGUGCGCGGGGAGCUCGAUGCCUGCCUGGCCGCAUGUGGGGACGACCACGUCCGCCUGGUGCCUGCCAUGGCCAAGAGGAUGCAGGAGAGCCUGGGGGCCCUGCGGCACUGAUGGGGACACCCCCCCCCCCCCAGGCCCUGCGG